UAUGGUCAAGUCAAGUGACUUGUCCAGAAUAAUGUUCUACAAUAAUCUUGAAUGAGCUCGCAGACUGCGCUUGUGAACUGUGCAGAAGAGGAGAUUUUUUUUCUGUUUGUGGUAGGUGGGGGAGGGGUUGGUUUUACCACCAGACCAAGCAGGAAGAGACAUGCAUGUUCACAUUUUGGCUUAUGGACGAGAAAGACCCCUUGUGUGCGAGGGGCUCUCCUCCUCCCAGCGACUGAUAUUACAAUGAGGGGAUUAUUACAGCGAGUGUCCGACAGUAUUAAACCCAUGAGAUAUUUUAUUUCACAAAACAAGAGCGACGACCCCCACCCCUCAAGUACCCAGGGUCAAAGUUCACAGGAAGCUGGGGGGCUGCCAUUUUUCGCUGGUGCUGCUACUGCUAGCGUUAAACGUUAGAUGCUAAAUCGACGGGGAGGGGCGGUCGGAUUUUGGAUUCUGUAACGUUAGCUAGCUGGUAUCAAGUGUUCGAAAAGAGAGCAUUCAAAAUCCUCAUUUUCCCCCCGACCAUUGCCGUCAACAUCAGGUGUUAUUUGAUGAAUUUGGCAUGGAGAAGGUAGCGGAGCCGUCUUGGACUUCUUCGUACACCUACCAGGUGAGCAAGCAUAGUGCGGAGAUGCUACACAACCUCAACGCUCAGAGAAAAGAUGGAGGCAGGUUCUGCGAUGUGGUCUUACGCGUCGGCGAGGAGAGCUUCCCUGCUCACAAAGCUGUGUUAGCGGCUUGCAGCGAGUAUUUCGAGUCGGUAUUCAGCCGCCAGACGGACGGUGACAGUGAGGCCAAGGAGCUGGAGAUGCACACCAUAAGCCCGAAAGUUUUUAAAGACGUUUUGGACUUCGCCUAUACGUCCAGGAUCGUGGUGCGUCUGGAGUGUUUCCCGGAGUUAAUGACAGCUGCCAAGUUUCUGCUGAUGCGGUCAGUCAUUGAGAUUUGUCAAGAGGUAAUCAAACAGUCCAAUGUGCAAAUCCUGGUCCCGACGUCGCGGGGAGUGGACGCCAGCCUCUUCCAGUCUCCGGCGACUACAGCAGCCACGGAGCUGGGUUUCCCGGCGGCACAGCAGGAUUUUAUAAACGGGACGGGGAUGCUGGUGAACGGGGAGAGCUUUUCUAGCAACGCACAAAUGCAUGUGGACGGGAGUGAAGACACCGCCACAGUGUUGUUACAGGACGGAGGCGAAUCGUCGGUGCCGAUGUUAGAGCCUGUGGAUGGACUCCCCGUGUCCCCCACAAGGGAGAUGAACACGUUUCAACACGACGCUUGCUCCCCGGGGUCGAAGAAGAGCAAGGGGAAACCAAAGAGAGCUGCUGGGGUUGUGGAAAGUGUAAACUUUAACAACAGCACACUGAAAGACAGCAUACUGUUCCCGUGUAGUACUUGCGGCAAGGCUUUCACCGAGGCGUCACGCUUGAAGAAUCACGAAGCGCAACACGGAGCCAACCAUAGCGGUGUAAACAAUGCCGGUGACAGCCUGUCAUCAGCGGGCAUGUCUUUGGUGUCACAGCCAGGACUGGCGGAAAACGGAGGGCUGACAUUGGACAACGGCCGCAAAAGGGAAAGGACUAGGCGGCACGUUGGCUGUGACAUUUGCGGCAAAGUUUUCCGAGACGUGUAUCACCUGAACAGGCACAAGCUUUCUCAUUCCGGGGAGAAGCCAUAUGCAUGCCAUGUGUGCGGGCUCCGGUUCAAACGCAAGGACAGGAUGUCAUACCAUGUGCGGUCCCAUGACGGGUCAGUCGGUAAACCUUAUGUUUGCCAAAGCUGUGGUAAAGGUUUUUCAAGACCAGACCACCUGAAUGGACAUAUCAAACAGGUUCACACAACAGAAAGACCGCACAAGUGCCAGAUAUGUAAUGCCUCAUUUGCUACAAGAGAUCGCCUUAGGUCGCACCUUGCAUGUCACGAGGACAAAAUCCCCUGCAAAGUUUGUGGCAAGUUUCUGCGAGCUGCCUACAUGACGGACCACCUCAAGAAACACAGUGAAGGGACUCAUAACUACUGUGGCAUUUGCAACAAAGGUUUCUCCACUGCGUCCUACCUUAAGGUGCACAUAAAGACACACCACGGCUCUUCUCUGCCCCUCUCUACCACAAUGCACACCUACCCUGAGCCAAGGGGGGAGCUGCAGAUGCACAACGGCAACCCUUACCACAUGGGACGCCAGUGCUUAGUGGAAGACCUGUGCGCCAGUCGCCAGCUGUUUGUCACCUCGCCUGAGGCAGAGGGUCGCUAUCAUGGACACCCAGCUCUUCCCCAGCCCGGCCCUCCAGCCUUGGGCCUGCAGCCUGAGCUGCUCAUGGGGAAGGCAGGUGGGGCUCCAUAUUUCUGGGAGGUUCGCUCUGGCGGGUUGCCUGGCUUCCCUGUCCAUGGGCCAGUCACAGAUGGACAGGAAAACGUUGGAAAAUGUCCUCAUCUUGAAUCAGAAGAAUCCGAUCCUUCAUUUGUUGAAUUGCCCAACGGUGCCGAGCUUAAAUCUCCACACAAACCAGAUGAGCCAGAGAUGGAGAUGCCCUCUCUAGCCUGUAACGGAGCUUCUGUGGAGGGCUUGGGAUCUCCAGAAGGAGCUAAAGCCAAGACGACAGACCCUGAGAAGAAGUUUACCUGCCCUAUCUGUGGCCAAGCCUUCCGCACCAAGUCCUACCUCAACAAGCAUCAGCACAGAGUGCACAAAGUCCAGAAGGCCCAGGGGGUCUCUGGGUCGAGCUUAAAUGAGCUGGCCCCCUCCCUGACCUCCCCCUUCCCUCAACAAAACAUGUCUCUGCUUGAGUCCUUUGGCUUUCAGAUAGUCCAGUCUGCGUUUGCGUCUUCACUGGUGGAUGCUGAGGUGGGUCAGAGUGGACUAGACUUUGGAGGGAAGUGACAUAUUUGCUUAAGUUAAAGCAAAGCCUUUCAUUCUUUGGACACAGCCAGGUUGCCCACAGACGAUACUCUGAAUAUGGGAAUAACUUUGCCUCAAGACUACUUUUUCUGUUUCCUUACAUUGCUCAAUAUGUAAUCGAGUUUUUGUCAGACUGCCAUGUGAUUCCUACUUUUUCUACUUUUUCAGAAAAUGAAAAGUGAGCGUCUCUUUAAAAUAACAUGAAGGUUUAAUUUCCUUUAUCUGAUGUGGAUCUAUUGAAGACAUUUGGUAUGUUUCCAUUUGUUUCUUUGCUUUGAUGUAAUUGAGCUUUCUUAGUGGCACAAAUGUUUCUUUAUGUGUUAUUUACGGAAAUCUUAAAGCAGGUUGAUUAUUGUCUGUUUUUGUGGAUCCUAUAUUUAUGUUUCUUGUGUAUUUUAAGAAGGAUUUUUUUUUAGAAGCCUUUCUUUUGUUGCAUGUUUAUGUUAUCUGUUAAUUAUUCCAAGAAACAUUCCUAAUGGGCUCAGAGCUAAUUUAUGACACAGUUAUUAGGAGCAUUUUUCCCCCCUGUACUAAAAAUGACCUUAAUAUAAGACAUUUGAAAAACAAAUUGUUUAAAUUUCAGUUAUGGCUCAUCUGGCACUAAGAGAGAUGAGCAUUUCCGAUAAAACAAAGAGAAUCUACCUCACAGAAGUAGACGAGACCAUAAUGUUUUGCUGACUUUAUACCCUAUAAGUUAAUACUGCAUUAGAGUUAAAGAACCACAAGUCACAGCAAUUUACUCAUAACUUAUUUCUACGUAUUUGGCAGGAAUAGUGGUCGGCUGUAGAGUGUCAGUGAAGAGAGCACUAAACCUGAAGCUCCAAUAGCACAUCAGCCUUCUCAUUUUUAAAAAUCUUCUUUUUGAUUCCAGUUCUUAGAACAUGUCUGUUGUCUCACUGACAGACAUACCUGUUUUCCUAUUUAGCAAAGCCUUUGUGAAGUGUCACCAUUAACAUUUAACUGAGUUGCAGUAGCUCUUGAUCAGCUUAGUUUGCACUCUGGCAGCAGGACGGAUGUGCUCAAAAUGAAGAAAAUACACUUGCAGCUUAAUUGAAUGUAAAACAUUCUUUAGAAUAUUUUCAUUUGAUGAUCUUUACAGUGAGUUAUUUGUGCAAGAUGCUACAGAAUAAAGAGAGGAAAGCCAUUAUGAUAAGAGCCAUAGUGUUUAUUGUAGGAGUGAGGAUAAAUCUAUUCAGAUUUGUAAGAUGCGUCUUGAAUCAUGCCUUGAGCCUGUUAGGAAUGAGCGUUGUACAAUGACAAGGUUUCCAGAUCUUAUUUUGUAGGUGUUGAAUCAGUUGUGUACAUUGAACAGGGACCAAGGUCAGGUAUAUUUUCAGUAUAUAUUUUGAAAAAUGUAGAAUAUAUUUUAUUAACUUAUUCAUGCCCUUGGUUUUGUGUACAGUUUUUUUUAAUCUAUUGAUAAUCUUGUGAUUUGCUCAUUUUGAUAAUUUCUCACUCUAAAUUAUGAGUGUGUUGGCUCAAGUGUGUUUGUAUGUGUGUGCAUCAGCUCGGGGGUCAGGGGAAGAAGUCACACCCUGAUCCAUUAGCCUUUGGACUGACCAAACAUAAUGCUACUUUUAGUCAUUAAUGAGGAUUAUUUAUAUUAUUCAUCAUCUGUCCCUCUUCAUCCCUUGUAUUUCUUUGUGUACUAACCAUGCACCUCCAGUCAGCUUCACUUGUGUGUUUAGUUGAAGACAUUUCCUAUGAUUGCACUUUUGGGUGCUAGUUUUGAGCACAAGUGAUUAAUCUGAGGAUUGUACUCUGAAAGUGUGUUUAAUCCAAGACAUUCCUGUGGUGAGGACAAACUUAAUCAAACGGUUCCUCUAGUCAUAACUCAGUGAGAGCCUCACAUCCAUGAUUCUGCUUUGCUUGUUUCGACAAGAUUUGAAAAAUAAUCAGUGAUUCUUAAUUGGUGUUACAUCUUUUCAACCAAUCGAAAUGUUAUUUGUUUGUAUCAAAGUCUGUUACCUGUAAGAUCACUUUAGACUACCUUUGGUAAAAACAAACCCCAAAAAACAAUGCAAACAUAGACCCCCUAUUUCAUGACUUGUUUUGUCUGGUGUUGUAGAAGAUCGGUGUCAAAACACUUCUUCAAUUUAUGGCGAAGGGAUCCACAAUGUAGGAAGAAAAUAUUGACCUCAUAAAACCCAGGAAACCCACACAUCUGUUGGAUAACAGGCUCUCAUAUAGGUCUUACAUUUAUUUACUUACAUUUUAAUACCUGUAUCAUGACGAUAAUCAAAUCCAGGCCCACAGAAAAGGGCAGUGUGUUUGCGUGUGCGUGCGUGUGUGUUCUGUAAAACGACUAUGUGCUAUUCGUGUUUGAUUUGUUAUCCUGCUUUCUGUUGGAACUAUUCUUUGUGAGUAAUUUAGGCUGUUAAAUUCAAUACAUUCCUAUAUUAUUUAUGGCUUUGUUGUGAUUGUAACAAGUGUAUAUACCAUUCAUUUACACAUUCUAUUAAUAUAAAUAUAUAUAUAUGAAUAUAUGACCCAACCAAUAUGAUCAGUGUUUGUCAGUGGUUGUUGUGUACACGUAAACACUUUUUGUUCCUGUCCAUCGUGUGGAGGGAUGUUAAGUGUGAUUGAAGCCUGCAUGUGGUGGCAUGCAAGCUGAGCUGGGGACUGAAUGUCGAUCACUGGUAGGUGGCAGUUAAAAGUUUCACUGUUCACCGUGCUGUCACAUGACUUACGUCUUUGAUCAAGUUUAUUUUUGUCCCUUUUUUGUCCCACUCUGCACUAGUAUUUAAUCGUUUAAAGCAAAUAGGGGUGAAUUUUGUUGUCAUUGAUUUGAAAACAAGUGCGAGAUGCUGUAAGGAUAAAGUGUCUUUCUUCACUGGGAUGUAUUAUUUGUUUUCAAUUAUGUUGGUACUGGGUGUAAAAAGAUCUUUUCAAGGCUUAAACAUUUAUGCUUUCAGCUUUUGGUCUAUUGCAAAGUGCCUUCCAAAUACUGAUUGUGCACAGCAGUGGAUUAAAAAAAGGUCCUCUUUUCUAAUGGGUAAGAAUUGUACAGAGUGACUUGCAUUGACACUUUUGUAUAGAAACACAGAAAAUGUACAAUAUGUUAACUUGGUAUUUUAUCAUCAUACUCAACAAGAUUGCUCCUAAAACAUGUGAGCUACAUGUUUUGUUAUAACGUCUUUGGACAUAUUUCAAUAUAAGCAUACUUUUCUAUAGAUAUUUGUUUUUGUACUCUGUUAUUGAGUCUCAUCUCUUUUGUUGGUACAGAGAUGAGCAUCUAAUAAAUUGCGAUUAAAAAGUUCCAACCAUU